UGAUUUUAGUUGUAGAGAUCAAUGCAUUCAAGCAACUGCUUCAUGUUUUUUUGCGAGUUGAAAUAUGAUUUUAUGCAUCAAGCAACUGCUUCAAGUUUCCUGCUUCUAGGAAUUUUUAGUAAUAGUAAAGAGUAACAUUCGUAAUAGUAGAGACUAAAUUGCAAGAAAAGAUUUCAAUGCCAUUAGUAAAUAUCAUACGAUGAACAGGUAACUAAAUAGUGGUUUAGGAAUUUUUCUGUCUGACUAGACCUAGAAGGACAGCUGUUGGAUGCAAUUUGUUAUUGUUUUAGACGUAUACUGCAUAUAACUGAAUUCAUUUUAAGGUGGUAUUCACCGAUUAACGAUAUUAAAGGAUAUAUUGAUUAAAAUACUAUCUGAUAUAAUUUGAAUGCGACAAACAAGUAACCAAAUUAACCGAGUAUUGAGUACAGCCUAAAGAUAUUGCACUCUACUACAGUAUAUUAAACUCUACUAUUUAAUACGGGAGAUGGAAAGUGGUUUUUUUGUUUUGUUUUUUUAACCCAAGCUUAAUUUAUUUUUCAACAAUUGACAAAUAAGUAUUAAACGCUAUACUCUUUAAUACAGGAAAUAGAAGGCGUGUUCUUGAAAGUAAAAUGAAAAAAAAUCAUUUUACAACAAGUGGUAAACAAGUACAUAUCAUAAAUAACAACCAUGCGUAUUGGUCCGGAUGGAAGCGCACUGAGGAUCUUGCCGUGGGAGGAAAGCGCCUAGGUACAAGGCAAGUGUGUUAACUCUGUGCCACCCGACCACCAAUUUUCACCCAAUUUCUUGAAAUUACUACUGCUUAUCUUGAAGAUUUACUUUUGAUGAGAGUAAUCUAAUGAUAUAAGAUCAUUUCUAUAUGGACACUUAUAGUACUCACAAAAUUUUAAGAUAUCUGUAUAAAUCUGCAAUUAGUUCGUUACUGAAUCCUAAUGUAAAACACUGUAUACAUGACCAUUUUCUUCUAUAAACGUAUUCCUUCGUAAUUUUACUGUAACACGAGUGAGCUCUAUCCGUGACUUAACUGCAAAUACGUUAUCAAUAGACCUAAUCAAUGCCACACAUGUUUCAAUGACAACACAAGUAACCACAUGCGGAUAAGGUAACGAUUCAUCAUAUAUUUCAACAUAUCGUGAUGGAAAAAAAUUGUUUAUGACUCAUCAAGUAGUGAUUUAGUUUGUCUGUUAAUUAUCAUAUCGUUUCAUUAUUUAGUUAAUGCUUGUUGAAAUAUGUAUAGGUUUUAUCGUUUGUUACAUUUAUCACUGUAUAUUGCCUCAUAUAUUGUAUUGUGCAUAGUGCCUAUCACUUAUCGAGUUAUAUUGGAUUUGCAUUUUACUUAUUAUAAAUUAUAUUGGUUAUCCAUGCUGUGUUGAAGCAGUUCCGAAAUAAUUGUUUAUUUUCACGAUAAAUACCACAGGUAGGAUUAAAGAACAUUAUGAUAAAUUUCCUGCAAAUGGCUUUAAAUCAUAUCAUAUUAAAUGAUACCUUCACUACCAAAACACAUGCAUAUAUAUACAUUGUAAUUGCACUAUCUUUGCAUUAAUUAAUUACACCAAUAACAGAAGAAAAAACAUGGAAAUGUUAACUCACAAAUAGGACAAAGAGUAAACCAGGAAUCAGGUACAUGUAGUAUGUUGUUUGCAUUAUACAUAUUAAACCCUGUUCUUAUCGUUAUAUUCUUAUAAAAAAAACACUAUUCAUUUUUAAGGUCAAGUGUCAAAUAUCUUAAAUACAGUCAUGGAGCAUAAAACAUGCUUUUGAUUUAGCGCAAGAAACAAUGGUUAUUGAAACGUGCUCAUAGGGCAAUGCACUCUGGAUAUCUAGAAAAACGGUUUACAUGUAUUUCCUUAUUGCUCGGUAUUAUCACUUCAGUCACUAAGUAGAUGGAAUCGUAAAACUAGAUAAGGCUGUGUCUCUACCUAUCUUAUCUGAUCUUGUCACUUAAAGCUCGUUUCACAAAAGAUGAUAACAAUAUCACGCAAACGCUGUAAACAAGCAGUUAAGAUUGUAAUUCACAAGUACCACCAGGACAGGGGACCUUGUUUACAGUUACCUGUGAACGAUACGUCACUACCAAAAUGGCUGAUUAUGCCGAGAGUUCGAUCCUUCAGCCGCUACAGGGAAGGAUGGCACACGAAAUGGCUGACCGUUGUGAACUACCUACGAAGGCAGUAAGAAUUGAGGAUCAAUAUGGAUGCUGGACAUGUAGACCAAGAGUUUUACAGGUGUUUAAUAGCAUCCGAUGGCACGUGUUUUGGCAGUGUGUGUUUAACUUCUUCGAGGGAUUCGUCGUAAACGGUGUUAUCAACGUCAUCAUUCCGUCCCUGGAGAAACGGUACGAGAUGUCCAGCUCCCGAUCCUCCAUUAUCGCCAGUGCUAAUGAUUUUGGUGCAUUAGUUGUACUCAUUUUCAUCAGCUACUAUGGGGGCCAGAGGAACAAACCGCGUAUCAUGGCAGCAGGAGUGUUUCUCAUGUCAAUAGGGAGUCUUAUAUUCUCUCUACCACAGUUCCUAGGAGACGAGUACCAGUACACUGUCUCAGGGGGAACCAAUGGAACACAAAAUUUAUGUAUGCCGGAAAAUGGCAACACUUCCAGUGACGCUUGUGGAAAUGAAAGUUCCAACAAUUCUGGAUAUAAUAGCUAUUACGCGUGCUUUUUAGUUGGUCAAGCGUUUCUUGGAAUCGGAGCUGUCCCCAUGUUUACAGUCGCGCUCACCUAUAUCGAUGACAACUGUAAACCGAAAUUGACGUCUUUCUUUAUUGGGUGUACAUUUAGCUCGGCGGCUGUCGGUGUUGCUGUAGGGUAUAUUGUCGGAGGACAGACACUAUCAUAUUUCGUAGAUGCUGACAAAGUAGAUAUUUCUUCCAUCCCUCUCACUCCGGCUGAUCCCCAGUGGGUGGGGGCGUGGUGGAUUGGGAUACUUGUAUCCUUCCUUUCUUUCCUGUUGAUCGGUUUCCCACUCCUCGGAUAUCCCAAGGAACUUCCAGGCCAAGAACAACUUCAGAAACUCCGCAGGUCUGAAGCCCACAACGUCAAUGCUAAUGAAAUGACCACGAGACCUAAUUUCGGCAAAUCUUGGAAGGACUUCCCAAAAUCUGUCUAUUUAUUGGUUCGGAAUCCUGCUUUCCUUUUCACAUGCCUAUCCGCAACAGCGGAGGCCCUUAUAAUUGGUGGUUUAGCGACCUUUGGCGCCAAAUUGUUGCAGGAAUUCUACCACGUGGACCUAACAAAGGCUGGUCUAAUAAUGGGUCUCAUCACCAUUCCUGGAUCUGGUGGCGGAAUGUUACUUGGUGGAUAUCUCGUGAAGAAAUUUGAUUGGAAGUUUCCAGGAAUAAUACGCUACUGUGCUAUAUGUAUGUUCGUAUGCAUGCUGAUUGCUCCUUCGUUCCUCGCCAGCUGUCCUAGCCAACCGUUAGCUGGAAUAACAGGAACCUACAAAUAUGAGAGCUCCCAUACAGGCCUAUCGGCUAACUGUAACCAGGACUGUCACUGUGCCACGUCCGGGUACGAACCUGUCUGUGAUGGUAACCAUACCGUCUACUUUACGCCCUGUCACGCAGGGUGUACGGGGUUCAGCAUCAACGGUGACGUCAAGGAAUACUUCAACUGUAGCUGUAUAUCGGGAGAGAUGAGUACUCUAUCGUCGGUGGAAGUACACACUGAUGCUGUAGGAGGCUCGUGUGCUGACCAAUGUAUUUGGUUCUACGUAUUCUGUAUACUGUUAUUUUUCAACAUGCUCUUUACAUUUAUGACUAUGCCUGCAAGUACAACGGCAACAUUCAGAUGCGUUCCACCGAAACAGAGAUCUCUCGCCAUAGGGGUGGAGCUGUUGGUUGUUAGAUUGUUAGGUAAUUUAUCCAAUGACCGAAUAAUGUACCGUAUGUAUGUGGUACAACGCCUGGUCCUAUUUUGCUAGGAGCCAUAAUAGACAGCGCAUGCUCCGUGUGGCAGGAAAGCUGUGGAAAGACCGGAUCCUGUUGGACGUACCGGAAGUCCGAUCUGGGUAUUCGUCUGAUGGUGUGGUUUGCAGCAAUUAAACUUAUGGGCGUCAUAUUUGCCACGAUUGCAUACAAGGUUUAUGUUCCCCCUGCGAUUGAAGACACAACUAAUGCAGUCCCGUCAGUUGCUGCAAAAUUGGACAAUUUCAAAAAGGAUGAAUCAACUAGAUUGUGACUUAUACUGUAUAAAUAGUCAGAUAACCUUUUAAAGUCUUACAAUUGGUUUGUCUAUAAUGUAUCAAGUGUAUAUUAUCUAUGUGAAACAAGCUUAUACCCCCUUUGAGUCGACAUCAGCUUAAUUCGUGCUAUCACUAGGAGACAAACAUGAACAAAACACACAAAAACACUUCGCACAUGCAUCGCGCAUUCGAGAGGACGUCCUUAAAAAAUAAACUGUUUAUUAUCAUCAGACCUUUUAGAAUAGUACGGUGGCUGGAAACGGACGUAAUGUUAAUCAAAAUGAAAUUGUUGCGUGCGAACAUAAUAUCACUUUGUCGGAACGCAAUGCUAUUGCGUAAAAAAAUAGUAUUGCAUGCAAACGGAAUGUUAUUAACACAAUAAUGUUACAUGCGAACGAUUUAUUAUUGCGUUGGAACGUAUUUAUAUCACUAAUGGGAGCGCAUAACCUCCCAAUUAAAAAUAACUUUGUGUUUACCAUAGUGUUCUCUGACCGUUGCUAUCCCUUUCUAGCGUUCGAGCUUCACUUGGCGUAGGUGUUGUAUGAAGGCGUAAUUAAUACAUUACCCACGCCUCAAAUAUAAUGUCGAAACAUUCAAUGCAAACAUUCAAACAUUUUCAUAGAAGUUCGGGUACUCAUCCUUACUGAUAUCAUUUCAUUCCGCAAACUUCAAAUGCAAAAUCGUACACUCUUCUCUCUAACAUAAUUCUCAUUUCAGAAUACAUAAUGCAUUAACGCGCAAGAUACAGCUAAUAUCGAUGUUAACAUGAAAUUAAUGUAUAGACACACAAAUAAGCAUUACAAAAAUACAAAUAAGCAUUUAAAAAAAUAUGAAUAAGUAUUACAAAUAAAUAAGCAUUACAAAAAUACAAAUCAGUAAUGAUUCAAACACAUUUGCAGAUUUUAUACAAAUGAUAAAUUGCCGUUGCAGAUUUAUCUGAUUCCCUGAUUUUCCCUCAAAUUAAACGUUGUUUUGUGGGAACAUUAUUAAAAGGCUGUUUCAAAUCCUGACAGUACAGGUUAAAGAAACAUUAUCAAAAUACAGUACAUCGUGGAUGUAUCGUAGAUUUCUUUCUAAAGAACUUCCGAAUUCAACCUUCGGGAAUUACAUGAUAGAUACGUGAUCAUUGCGUUCCCAUGCGUUCUCACGCGAUGAUGAUUCGUUCACACACAAUAAUAUUUCGCUUGCUUGUCCUUUCCAACCCACCAUAGAAUGAUGAUGAACGCUGAUGCAAAUGGCGUUGAUUGUCAUUUCUUCAGCCAUCAAUCCGUUGAACAUGUUGAUCAAUAAGAGUAGUGUUUCUAGCCAUGGAAAAUAUUACUCCUUGCCGACGAAAGUUAGAAAGCUGAUUUCCGAGGAUAAUGAUUUGAUGUUAACCUUGUUUGAGACGUGCUGUCUUAGAUUAACACCUUAUUUCGAUCAUUAAUUUGUUUUCCGCAGCUGAAUGUAUCCUAGUAAUGUUUCGGACAGAGUUGAUAAAAACAUUGAUGUCCAACCUCUUUGACUGCAAUGCGUUUUUGCUCGUUACAAUAAACUAUGUUUUCAUAUU